GAGAAGUAAAGAGAAAAAAAAAAGAAAAGAAAAAAAGGAUGCUGAGUAGAUCAGUUGCUUCAGCCGUUUCACAGGUCUCUUCUUCUUCUUCCUCUUCUUUAUUACCAAACACUAAACCAUUCUUCUCCUUGAAACCCUUCUCUGGUUAUCGUUCUUCUUCAUUCUCCGGCGGCUCUAUUCGUAAAAUCAACCAUAAGCCUCUUAGAAUGACAAGUUCCUCCGGUAUGACUCCUCCAAGAGCUAUGGCCGCACAGCAGCUUGAGAACGCUGAUGAACUCAUUGAUUCUGUCGAAACUUUUAUCUUUGAUUGUGACGGUGUGAUAUGGAAAGGGGAUUCAUUGAUUGAAGGAGUUCCUGAAACUCUUGAUAUGCUACGUGCCAAGGGAAAAAGGUUGGUUUUUGUCACUAACAACUCAACCAAGUCUAGGAAACAGUAUGGCAAAAAGUUUGAGACUCUUGGCCUCAAUGUUAAUGAGGAGGAGAUAUUUGCUUCAUCUUUUGCUGCAGCUGCAUACUUACAGUCUAUUAACUUCCCAAAAGAUAAGAAGGUCUAUGUGAUUGGUGAGGAGGGUAUCUUGAAAGAGCUUGAACUUGCUGGUUUUCAAUACCUUGGAGGUCCGGAUGAUGGUAAAAAACAGAUUGAACUGAAGCCAGGAUUUCUUAUGGAGCAUGAUCAUGAUGUGGGAGCUGUUGUGGUUGGAUUUGAUCGCUAUUUCAACUACUACAAAAUUCAGUACGGAACACUUAGUAUCCGUGAAAACCCGGGGUGUCUUUUCAUUGCUACAAACCGAGAUGCUGUCACUCACCUUACUGAUGCUCAAGAAUGGGCAGGUGGUGGCUCUAUGGUUGGUGCUCUUGUUGGAUCCACUCAACGUGAGCCUAUUGUUGUUGGAAAACCCUCAACUUUUAUGAUGGACUAUUUAGCAGACAAAUUUAAAAUCCAAAAGUCACAGAUAUGCAUGGUUGGUGAUAGACUGGACACUGACAUUUUAUUCGGGCAAAAUGGCGGUUGCAAAACUCUGCUCGUCCUCUCGGGUGUUACUUCAAUCUCAAUGUUGGAAAGCCCUGAUAACAAGAUACAACCAGACUUCUACACCAGCAAAAUCUCCGAUUUUCUAUCCCUGAAAAAAGCAACUGUAUAAUCGAGUAAGCUCCGCGUCAAUCACUCUGCAGAACUCAGGAAACUGGAUUUUUUUUAUGGGUUUACAAAUACAGUCUAUUCAUCAUACUUUUAUUUUUAUGUGCCUUUGUGUAUAAUAAGGAUGUUUCUUGCUUUUCUUGGCAAGCUUCUUUUAUUUGCAGUGUCUAUGUGUGCAUAGCAAAUUAACUAGCCAAUGAGUGUUGUUUAGGAAGAGUUUACAGAAUUGAACCAAGCUCUGACUUGUGUAAGAGUAAGACUCUUCAUUGA